AUGAUAAAUAAUAAUAACAAUAGUGGUAUUUUUAAUACUCGUAUAGGCAGUGUUUCAUUACCAUCAUCAACGUUAUCAUCAUCAUCAUCGUCAUCGUCAUCAUCAUCAUCAUCAUCAUCAUCAUCAUCAUCAUCAUCAUCAUCAUCAUCAUCAUCAUCAUCAUCAUCAUCAUCAUCAUCAUCAUCAUCAUCAACAUCAACGUUGCCGUCAUCAUCAUUAUCAUUAUCAUUGCAACUUGAAGAUAAAGACCACAAUCUUCAGUCACCGUCCACCAAUGAAGAGAGAAUUCCAGUUACCAUUGGCGAUCGUUCCACCACGUCUCCUGCUUCCUUGUCAUUACCAGUCGACGAACAAAAUGUUCCAGCUUUGUCACCAUCACAAACAAAUCUUACAACCACCUCUUCUAUCUCACAGCAACCACCAGAACAACAACCACCAGAACAAGAACUAGAACAAACAAUAGAGGAGGAAGAGGAAGAAUAUUGGUCAAAUGACUCUGGGGAGAGAUUCCAUGUUUUGUAUCAUAUACGUCGUCAUGUAGAGCAACACCAAAACGAUCAAGAUAAUAGUGAGGAAGAAGAUAUAGAAGGGCUAAUCUAUAGGGAGGAAGAGGGGGAGGAAGAAGAAAAUCAAGAUGAAGGAGCUUCCGAUGACCAAGAGGAGGAAGAAGAAGAAGAAGAGGAGGAGGAGGAGGAGGAAGACGACUAUGACGAUGAAAUGGACUUUGAAGAGGAAUACUACUUUCAAGAUGACGAAGAGGAAAAUGAACAAGACUAUGAUAAUUAUGAGGAGAUUUUAGAGGAAGAGGAGGAGGAAGAAGAAGAAGAAGAGGAAGAAGAAGAAAGUGAAAGUGAAAGUGAAGAAAUAGAAAAUAAUGUAAAUAGUAGUAAUAAUAAUAUAUUGAUUGAAGAGGCAAAGGAUGGUCUUGAAUGGAUAUUCAAAAAUCAUAUUUUAUCAAUGUCCAAUGAUUUGGGUCUUACAAAUCGAGAUUUACUAUGUAUGAAGGUCAUUUUAGAUAUUUUGGAGCAUUUCUAUCGAUUAAAUGACUCUCCAACCUUUAAUAUCUAUUGUAACAAGUUUAUACCUUUGGCAUUGGAAUUCUAUGAUGGUCUAGACGAUGAAACUUUGGAGGACAUUAACAAACAACUCCAAGCACUAUUGAGACCAUCUCAUGACUUUUCAAUCAUUAGACUAUUCAACAAACAACAAUAUCAGAUCUACUUUGACGAUCAAUUAUCUUCACUAAGAAAUUUGACCGAUAUGAAUAAUUAUUCAUCCUAUUAUUUAUAA